CUCCGAGUCACUCCACUCCACCAGCAUCGCAAAUGGCAUCAAGCGUCGGAAACAGACGAAUGCGCAUUGCAAGAGCGUGCGAUACGUGCAGACAGCGAAAGCGAAAAUGCCGAGGGAACUUUCCUUGCGACACUUGCACCGAAUGGGGCUACGACUGCUAUGUCAACGGCGACCACUAUCCAGCGCCUACCACUCUGCCACCGUCGGGCGCACAGGCAGGGGCUGCUGCUUCAACAGUCUCUGCGGGUGGUCCGAUCGGCACGACUCUGAAUACCCCCGAGGGUACGAGUAGCAUUGCUACGCCACCUGAAGUAUCCCGCACCGCCCCUAGCGCACACACUGCAGUCCGGUCUCUGACAGCGAACUCGGGAGCUGCCUUUGUGCGGAGGAUGGGCCUGAAGCUCGAUCCCGCGAAUGCGCCUCGGCUGAAUCUCUUUGGCUGGAAUAUUGGUGCGCGCGACUUGGCUUCCGCAGCUCCGAUCCCUUCUGGUCUUCCGAUCGGGGCUAUUCUGAGUCGCGAAGAUAUGAGGAAGCUUGCCGACGUGUACAUGCGCAAGGUACACACCUGUUAUGGCUUCAUCAAUCAGGUGGACCUGUCACAACGUUUGGAGGCAAGGUGGGAGCCUGGGAGCUCUGGCUCGAUGUUUGAUAGCGUCCUCGCCGGGAUUGCUGCCCUCGGCUUGCUGUUCUCCGAGCGGACGGUCAAAGUCACUGAGAUCCUUCUGAUAGAGUCGGCAAAGUCUACGCUUGAGAGCUACGACGGAUCAAGCGCGCCUCCGCUAGAUCUCAUUACGGGCUGGUUGUUACGUGUUAUUUAUAUGAGGAUGACUGCACCUCCGUACGCGACUUGGCUCGCGAGCUGCAAGCUGAUACACCUUAUCGAAGCAGCCGGCCUUCACCGCGAAGCCGGCGAUGGCAUGGAAGGAUCCAGCCUAAAGCUCGAGCCGGUACUUCGUCGACGCUUACUCGGCGUGGCCCAGCAUCAGAAUAUGUGGACGUCCUAUGACCUCGGCCUGUCACCCGUCCGGUUGAAGACGGAUAUUCCCUCGCAGGCCCUCGACGCAAAUGUGGCGCAACGUGAUUUCACGGAAGAGCUUUUGGGCCUGCUGCCAGUAUCUGUCAAUCUAGAUCCCGAGCAAGAUCACGACGACCAUGACCUCCAGACGACCCUGGUCCAAAUCCUCGACCGAGAACACACCCAGCCACCGUCAAUAAUGGCACAGACAAAUGUUGUCCUAUGCAUCCUCCGCCGCCUCCAUCUGCUGAAUAUCAACACCUCUCCCACCCUGACAACGCGCAUCUUACAGCAAUUCAAACGCGCACUGGAGUCCGCACGGACCAUGGUAGAAGACUGCUCGCCAUGGCAACACAUGCCCAACGUCCCCUUCAACAUCAUCACCAUCCUCCUCGAGCUAGACACCUACGCGGCGCUUGAGCAGCUCCCGGACGCAAUGGAAACAUUGAAACUCGUUGCAUCGGCGUACAACACGCCUACGAUGCGCGAAGCCUACGCGACCGCGAGACUACUCGUAUACCUGUAUCAACAACGACGCUUCCACGACGCGCAGGUGCUGGGCAAUCUGCUGUCCAGAUUAGAGACCGAUUCUGGUAGGACAAGUACUGAGCCCCAAGAUGUCCACCCCAAUCUGGAGGUCCCGUUCUUGGAGGAGUUGAUUUCGGAUAUACCGACAUUGCAGGGGUUUGAUUUUGAGCAAUUUUUGAAUGCGGAUAUGGCGGGCCUUGCCCAGGGGAUGGACUUUAGUACCGAUCUAUGAUUUCUUCUUGUAGGCUACUAGGAUAUGUCCGAUCUAAGUACGUUUUGCCUACAGACAUGAUGACAGUGCGUGAGACUAGUGAAUGUAUACUGCCGUGCCUUUUUGGUAAAUGCCCUGCCCUCACUCUGCGUAUGAUACAGUCCGAAGGACGUCUCGUUUGUGAUUAGCAACUUGAGUCUCCCCAUGACUGUACCUAGAAAUACUCGCUAUGCUAUCGGGCUAUAAAGCAGGCUGAACGUCGACAGCGCAGGUUCAUUCCCGCUUCUAUCGCGCUACGGAACUGCCCAGGAUAUCCCUAUCCUGAGAUCGUAUCCAUCCAGCAUUGACGUCUGAUCCGAUCGCAGCGGAUACGG